GCUUUUCCUUCUGGUCAACAUAUGAUCUAAUGUUUAUCAACUUAAUGAUUACUAAGCAUGACAAGGGGUCUCAUUUUGAUUGUUUUAAGCAAUAAAUAAAUGAUGUUCACUGUUAUUGAAAUGCCGUUUUAAUUUCUUAUUAAAAUUUAGAACUUUUAUUUAUUUUUUAUGUUCUAUAGAAGUUCUGUAUAACUUUUCUAACUAUUCAUUUUUAAAACAAGGUUAUAUCUCUUUGUGAAUGCAUUGUAGCUUUAAUCUAUUUCAAAAUUACUUACCUCCAUACAAAGACGUUCCAAAUAAUUUUAAUAUUUGAAUUCCUUAUUUUUUAUAUCAUUAAAUCAACAAUCAUUUAUGGAAGGGAUUCCAGUUAAGAUUAGUGAGAAAUAUAAACCACCCAGAAGGAUAGCAUUACCUGCUAGUGUCCAAAACAAAUUGAAUACUGUUAUACAGUUUGAAAAGUAUGACUUUGGACUGGAACGGUUUGUUCUGGAGCAAAUGACCAAACUCAAAGAGCAGCAAAAAUUAAUGGAUGCUAAACCAGUUAAUACUUCGAAUUCAGAAGAAAAAAAUGUAUCUUUAAAUCAGAAUAACAUAGAAAGUAUACUCAAACCUGUACCUCUUAAGCCACAUAUCGGUAGUGUCUCUAAUCCACAGCAGGUUGUUGGUGGCUUCAACAUUUCAGAUUUCGAAAAUGACACGUCUAGCCCAUUUGAUUCUGUAGAACUGAAGACAAUAAAUGAAAUGGAAGUUCUGGCUCACGUUUUAGGAGGUACAUCAGUCAAUACUUCAGAAAUUAGAAAUUGGACAUCUAAUGAAAAUGGAAGCAAUACUCAAAAUUGGGCUUGGGGAUAUGGCAGUCCAACUUAUCCUCUCCAUCCAUCACAACAUCCUACUUCAAUAGAAAAUGAAUCGCCUGGAAAAAAAAAUUCUGAAAAUGAAGAUAAUGACAUUUCAAUCAUCAUGAACAAUUUAAAAAAACGCAUCGAGGAAAGAUAUACCUCUUUAGACCCAAGGAAAUUAUCCAAUUCUGGUCUCUCAAUAGCUGCAGGAGGCACUGAAGAAAAUAAACCAGAUAAGAAGAAAGAAACACUUGCUAAUCCAUUUUCAAAUUUAACACCAGCAUGCCAAGCUGUUGCCGAAAGGAUAGCUGAAAUGGGAUUUCCUCUUUCUCGAGCUGCUAGAGCUACUGAAAUGUUUGGACCAAAUGAAGCAAAGGUUAUAGAAUUCAUGUUAGAAGUUCAAUCUUUAGAAGAAAGUGGAUAUCCCGGAGAAAGAGUUGAAAGAGCACUGAUCGCUUGCGAAUUCUCGAGAGAGGACGCUUUGAGGUUUCUCGAAAGAACAUCUCAAAUAAUGAAACUUGGAUUCCCUGAAGAAGAAGUCAUCUCUGCCUUAAUUAAAUCUGAAUUUGAUCGGGAUAAGGCCCUAGAUUCACUCAUAUCUUAGCCCUCUCGGCUCAGCUGCUACUGGGUGCCCCCCGUAAUAUGAAUUCUAUAGAAAAAUUCUGAUAAAACAAUUUUUCAAUGUGAUAUUGUGAAAGUAUUGUGCUUAUUAUAUAUUUUAAUUAAUUUAAAUGUAUUUUUAUUUAGAAUUCAAACAACACAAAUAUUAAGUUAUUUGAGUGGUGUAUCAAAUUGAUUUCUGCUAAAAAAAAAUUACCUAUUUCAUUUAUAUGUUUGUGAAUGUUCAAAUUAAAAUAACUGUUUUAUAUAUGAAGAAACACGGAGGGAAAUGAUCGAUUUCAAUUUUUUAUAAAAUGUUGGCUUGUUUCCACAAGAAUUGAUUUAAAUAAAAAAAUAACACUGUGCCCAAAAAUGAAACUUGUGAUGGGAAAGACUGAGAUUCUUGUCAUGAUGGAGACUAAAUGUCAAUUUCAAAGUUAAAACCCAGUUUUGAACAGUAUACAAAUAUAUUUUAUUAUAGACCUGAUUUUGUUUCUCAUUCAAGACUGCUUAAAAUCCAUUCUGCUUCCUCGAUACCGAAGGUUUGGAAACAUAAUUUUAAGUUAAUAGUUUCAAAAAUGGAAUUAACAAAUAAAAUUUAAAAGUUGACAUUGAUCGUAAUACCUUACACUUAAUCUGUUAAAUUAAAAUUAUACAUUAUAUCCAAAAAACCAAUACAAUAGAAAAUUUUAUUUUUGGACUUUCUUGCCAAAUAAUUUUAAAAUUAUUUAUAGAAUGAACAUGAUUGUUAGGUGUUUGCAUUACUAUUUUAAUUGAGAAUAUAAGUUCUUAGGAAUUUUCAAUGGUAUAAAAAAAAUUGUAAUCUUUGCUGAAAUGAGUUCACCAAGCUGUGGCUCACGCUUGCAUGGUAUUAGAAAUGCUUUCUUUUCUUUGUAUAAUUUUUCUCUUUUAGAAUAUAUAUGUCUAAAAUUAUAUUUUUACUGUUGCUGUAGCUUUCAUAUUCAUUUUUGGAUUAUUGAGCUUAAAAUUUAAAUGGAUUAUUCAAAAUUUCGUAAGUCAGUGUCUAAAUGUUUUAAUCAACAAUAGUUAAUAGUUCUAUUGGUUGAAUGUAUUAUAUUAAAUUAAUUUCUGUUUCCCAUCCUCGUGAUAUCAAACAAAUACUUUUUGUGUGGUGUUUUGGCAGAUAUUUGUGAAAUUCUACUCUUACACUGUUACUAUGAAUGUGAUCUAAUCUUUGCUUAUUUAUCUAGAAUGUGUAUUUAUACAUAUUAUGUAUGUACAUAUACACAUGCGUAAACACACACAUAUAUUUAUAUUUACAUGAGUGUGCUCUUGAAUACAGGUAGAUUUAUAAAUUAUUUAUUGUUAAUUUGUUAAAAUAAAACUGCGUCCGCAUUUUUCGUUUUAUUUGAUCCUCAUGAUCCAUUGAAAACUGUUGAUUAUUUGAACAUAUACUAAAAGAUGAGUUCGAAGGAAGCUG